UCUGUGUGUUUGAUCGAGAGAGGGUGCACAGACAGCGGAGGACACUGAGAGGAGGACAGGAGAGAGAUAGAGGGAGAGCGAGAGAGAGCGAGAGAGAGAGAGAGAGAGAGAGAGAGAGAGAGAGAGAGAGAGAGAGAGAGAGAGAGAGAGAGAGAGAGAGAGAGAAAUAAGAACAAGGAAGAAAUAGAUAGAUUCUAGUCAUCUUUCUGCAUUAUUCUAACACGACCCUCUUGCUUCUUCAGUGGACUCAGCUGGCAGUAAGUCUUUGUGUUGUUGCUGGUAUUUGCUGGACGCUAGCUGUGCCCAGCAGAACUGGAGGACUGAUGGGAAUGGGGAUACCGAAGUCCCAGACAGUUCACAGCUGAUCAAAAGACCAUCACUGAAAGAGGUUUGUUAACCGGUUACAACAGAAGUGGGUGAAAACACUGAAGAUAGUGUUCAAAUUAGUGAAGGUCCUUGGUGUGGCCAUUAGGAGAGCGAUACAGACAAUCAGGAGAGGUGAGGGGCGAGGCCGGCCAAUCGGAGGGGAGAGAUGUUGGCGCAGGGUGGGCAUGUGGCCCUGGCUGUGAUGUCAUUAUUCCUACUACUAUGGCAGAAGGCAGCACUCAUCGAAGUCCCGCAAGACCCAAAGAUCCAGCAGGACUUGAAGCAGCCUCCUACCAUAAUCAAACAGUCAGCAAAGGACUACAUUGUGGACCCCAGAGAUGACAUCAUCAUUGAGUGCGAAGCUAAAGGCAACGCCAUACCAAUGUUUUCAUGGCAACGGAACAGAAAAUUUUUCAAUACCGGGAAAGACCCCAGGGUGACAAUGCGGAAGCGCUCAGGAACCCUGGAGAUAGGCUUCCGUAAUGGCGGCAGGCCAGAGGACUACGAGGGAGAGUAUCAAUGUUUUGCCUCCAACGAGUUUGGAACGGCCCUGUCCAACAAGAUCCUGCUCCGGGUCUCCAAGGCUCCCCUGUGGCCAAAGGAGGUACUGGAGCCGGUGGUGGUGACUGAGGGGUCUCCCCUGGUUCUGCCCUGCAACCCGCCACCUGGCCUGCCCCCACCAUACACCUUCUGGAUGAACAACGCCAUGGCGUCAAUCCCCCAAGACAAGCGUGUGUCAAUGGGGCUGAACGGUGACCUGUACUUCUCCAAUGUGCUGUCCAAAGAUGCCCAAAAUGACUACAGCUGCAACGCUCGCUUCCACUUCACGCACACUAUCCAACAGAAGAAUCCCUUUUCACUCAAAGUGCUGACUAAGGAGCUGUAUAAUGACACUUCCUCUUACAACUUCACUGACCCCUACGGUGGUCGCAAAAUAGCGACAUCUACCCCAACUUUCCUAUCUCCGUCAGGGGGUGGCAGCUCCAAAAUGGUGCUGAGAGGGGAACAGCUACUACUGGAGUGUAUCGCUGCUGGACUUCCAACCCCGAGUAUCAUAUGGUUUAAGAAAGGAGGAGAGCUGCCAGUACAGAAAGUCAAGUAUGACAACUACAACAAGACUCUGAGGAUUGUCAGUGUUUCUGAGGAAGAUGCAGGGGAAUAUGUGUGCAUGGCCAAUAAUGAUGUAGGCAGCAUCCGCCACUCCAUCUCUGUACAGGUCAAAGCGGCUCCCUAUUGGCUGGACAAGCCAACCAAUCUAGUGCUGGCUCCUGAUGAGAAUGGGCGCCUAGUUUGUCGAGCCAAUGGUAACCCUAAGCCUCAAAUCCAAUGGCUGGUCAACGGAAUGCCGAUUAAUAACUCUCUCCCCAACCCCAGCCGCCAGGUGCAAGGUGACACCAUUAUGUUCCGCUCUGUGCUGAUGGGAAGCAGCGCGGUGUACCAGUGCAAUGCCUCCAACGAGCAUGGAUACCUGCUAGCUAAUGCCUUCGUCAACAUCCUUGACAUGCCUCCUAGGAUGCUGGGUCCUAGGAACCAGCUAAUCAAAGUAAUUGAGAAUAACAGGACCUUCCUGGAUUGCCCCUUCUUUGGUUCGCCUCUACCAGAGUUACGCUGGUUUAAGAAUGGCCAGGGCAGCAGGCUGGACGGGGGCCACUACCGGGCCCACAUCAAUGGCACUCUGGAGAUCAAACGGGCCCGGGUUGAAGAUGAAGGGACAUACACUUGUUUGGCCAGCAACAUCCUGGGCCAAGACGAGAACCAGGUUCGCUUGGAGGUCAAAGAGCCUACUCGUAUAGUGCAAGCCCCGCGGCACCAGUCCUCCAUCAGGGGCUCAACGGCUCGCUUUGACUGUAAGGUUGUGUCAGAUCCAACCCUGUACACCACUGUCACCUGGUUUAAAGAUGACAAAAUCCUUUCUGUGGGAUGGAGGCUAAAGAGGGAUGAUGAGUCUCUCUCCAUCCCGAAUGUCAAUGAGGGGGAUGAAGGGACAUAUACUUGCACUGUAAAAUCUGAGAUAGACCAAGACUCAGCCUCAGCUCGCCUCACUGUGCUAGAGGAUGCCUCCCUCAACCCCUCAGUUUCUAGUGCUUUACCUGCAGAUCGACCUGACUCUCCAAUGGACUUGGAUCUGUCAGACGCCGCUGCUCGCAGUGUACGCCUUACCUGGAUACCUGGAAACGACCAUAACAGCCCUAUCACACACUUCCUGGUGCAAUUUGAGGAAGACCGUUGGGAAAUAGGGAAGUGGCAGAACUUGUCCAUCUUCUCCGGGGACCUCAAUUCUGUCAUCCUGCAGCUCUCUCCAUUCAUCAAUUACCAGUUCAGGGUCAUAGCCAUCAACUCAGUGGGCCAGAGCGAGCCCAGUCGUCCCUCGCCACGAUACAAAACCAGUGGAGCCGCUCCAGAUUCUUUCCCCAGUGGUCUGAGAGGAUGGGGUACCCAGAAGGACAAUAUGGAGAUCACCUGGGAGCCUCUGCCUGAUCUCGAGCGAAAUGGCCCUAACCUGCACUACAACGUGUGGUGGAGAAAGCAGGACUCAGGAGAGGAGUGGAGUAAUGUGACCACAGCAGGGUCAAAGCAUGUAAUCACCAAUACAGAGACCUACGUGCCUUAUGAGAUAAAAAUUCAGGCCAGGAACGAAUUUGGAUUGGGACCUGAGUCCAAUGUGGUCAUCGGAUACUCUGGGGAGGACAAGCCCUCUGACCCUCCUACAGAAUUGAAAGUGUCAAACAUCAACAGCACCAAUGUGAACAUUCACUGGAACCCUGUCAACUCCAGCAGUGUCAGGGGAGCGUUCAAGGAGUACAAGCUGUAUUACUGGCGUGAGGCCAGCUUGGUGAAGAGCUUGCGGGUGAAAAAGGAGAAGAAGACUAAAGGUUUCUUCACCACCGUGCCUCGGCCCUCUGGCAUGCUCGGUGACCUGGUGCCCUAUUCCCACUACAAGAUGUUCAUGGUGGUGGCUAACAGCCGCUACGACGGCCCGCCCAGCAACACUGUGGAGUUCCACACCGAAGAAGGAGUGCCAAAUCUUCCUAAAUACUUCAAAAUUGUCCAAAGGAGUUCAGACACAAUCUACCUGGAAUGGGAUAAACCACCAGAGCCCAACGGUAAUCUUAUUGGAUACCAGCUGAAGUAUGAAACAGUCAACGGAUCCAAGGUUGGCCAUCCCCAGUUUAAGCGUUUCCUCCCUAACAUGACCGACUACACCCUUCGCUUGCCAGACCGAUCCUUACGCUACAAGUUUUACCUGUCUGCCCUCACACAAGUGGGUGCAGGGGACGCGUAUGAAGAGGAGUCCCCACACUUUGCCAAUGAGGCCUACAGUAAGGACCAGGUUGACAUAGCCACACAGGGCUGGUUCAUUGGACUCAUGUGUGCCAUUGCCCUCAUCAUACUAAUCCUUCUCAUUGUCUGCUUCAUCAAGAGGAGUCGAGGGGGCAAAUACCCAGUUCGAGAUAAAAAAGACCUCCCUUUGGACCCAGUGGAUCAGAAAGACCAGGACGGAUCCUUUGAUUACCAAAAUGGGUCGUCUGUCCCUGACAGGAAUGCAAAUGAGAACGAAAACGAGAACAGUAGUGAUGAGGACAACAAGCCUCUGCAGGGCAGCCAGACAUCCCUGGAUGGGAACGUGAAGGAAAGCGACGACAGCCUGGUGGACUAUGGAGAAGGAGGGGAUGGUCAGUUCAAUGAAGACGGAUCUUUCAUUGGCCAAUAUACCGUCAAAAAGGACAAGGAUGAAACAGAGGGCAACGAGAGCUCGGAGGCCACUUCACCCGUCAAUGCCAUCUAUUCCCUUGCAUAGCCCCGUAGCGCACCGCCAGGGGGGACUAAGUGACUCCCUCUUAGGGAUUGGAGGGCACUUACCACAACCACAACAUUGAUACAGAAACACACAUAAUAUAUAAAUGUAUUAUUAUGCGAAAUACAUUAUACACACAAGAAACACACCAGGGCCUGUCUGAUGACUGUUUAGGCUGCAACUAACAAGGAAAGGAGCAGUCGUUCCUCUUAAGAUAAGCAAGAGGAACGGAAAUGGAAGUAGACCAAGAGCCUAGCCUUUAUCUUUUUGUUUCUGGCACUGCGAAAUUAGCCCUUUUGCGGUAAAAUGUGGAAACAAUAAACAGUACUAGGUUUUCAUUGUGCUGUGCCUGCCCUUCCCACACAGACUUUAAGUGUGCCUUCGGGGCAGCAUAUGGAAUAUAGAGGCAACAACACAAGUUAUUUGUGUCUCUAGGAUUUUUAUUUUUUUGUUUUUGUUUAUUUCUGCUCUGAACAUUGUCAGCGUUUCUCCUGCUCUCUUCCCAAUUACACCCACAGCCCUCACACCUUUGUGCUGCUCACUAGCAUCCCAGUAAAGUCCACACAAAGGCCAUCCCCUCCCCUGUAACAUGUCAGCUUCCAACCACCAACACAACCCGAUGCUAGCAGAAAUGUUUAUCAUAUUGAUAUUUCCACAGUGAAAGAUGUUUUUUUUUUUCCCGUCAUGGCUGGUAGAUGAAUCAUUGAAUCUUAAUAAAUGCUGUAAACAGUCCUGGCACACAUUUUAGUGUCCUGCAAAACUAUGCACCUAUCACCUCUUCCAUACUUUUGUGGGUUUUAUCUGGUCAGUAGAAAUUAACCUUUUGCUUUUUGUUUUUUAAUGUUCUCAUGGGUUGAAAUAAGAAAAUUGGUUAAUUACAUGCUAUCAUUACAUUACCCUUCAUGAUGUUAUGAUUUGUUACAUUUAAUUCACCUGGUAGUGUGGAUAUUCAAAAUGGCCACCGCUAGCAAAACCCAUAAACUUCUUUUUAAAGCACCAGGCUCUGCUACAUGACUAUAAAUGACAUUUUAAAAAGAUAAUGCAUAUAAUUAUGAAGCAUGGUGUAGUAACUUAGUGGGAGAAACAAAGGGGAGACAAUUGAGACUAUUCGUUUUGCUUGAGAUACUCGGAUAAAGAGAGUGUCUUUGUCCAUCCAUAGUGGUCACAAUGUGGAUGCUUCUUCGCAGUUAGCAUAUCAGCUUACAGGCUGUGAUCCUUGAAGCUCGAUCUACACCUCCUCCCUUCACUGUAGUUUUAUAAAAUCACCAGCUAGCAGGUCGGGCCGUGAACAAUCACAGAAAGAAAAAAAACGGCAGCGUUUAGGCCAGGUCAAAUUCUGGGGGUGGUUGAAUUUUUUUUUCCCAGCAUGAAUAUAUAAUUUGCUGUCGUAUUCACCACUGAGAUGAAAGUAGUUAACCAACUUUUAAACUUCUAAUAAGAAAGAGAUUAAAAAAAAUGACAGUAUAACUGUAAAAGUGUCAAAACUGAGAAAAAGAAAUUAGAAAUCCUGUGACGUGCUCAGUGUAUACUGUCCAUGCUGAAAACGCAGGUUGACCUUUCAAAAGAGCCCUAUUAUGGUCAUUUUAGUCUCUUUCUUGGACUAACAAUAAACAACGGGAUAUUUUUGUCAUUGUAUUUAUUUAUAUAUAUAGUUAACGUCCAAUGAAGGCUUAGUUGCAUUUUGUCUUAACCCAGUUCAGGAUCACGGGGGUCACACUUUACCACUUGAAGUCCUCCAGUGUAGUUUAUCUGUGUGUCCUAUGGUGUGGGCUGACAGGGCUAAGCUCUUAGCCACCGUGCUCAACAGUUUCACUAGUUUCACCACAUUAGAAGGCCGCUCAAACUUGCAGGUUACUACUCUGCUAUCAAAAUCUCCUGUGGUAAAUCUGAUUUGAACGGUUGGUGAUCUCAUUGUAUUUCAGAUAUUUAUUUUAUAUUUUCUAUUUAUUACAUUAUGAGGAUGGUAUUAAUAUAUUAGUUCUUAAUUUAUUAAUUGUCGUACAUGCAUUUUGACUUACUUAACUGUUGGUUCACGUCAGAAACGUGCCAAAGUGAAUCUGGCAUCUCAGGUUAUGAUGAUGAGAUGCAUCCAACACCAUGUUUUAAAGAUUUGUGGCAUCUGGCUUUUCUGCUGUAAACAAAGUUUUUGUGUUGUCAUACAUUAUUGAAGGAAAAAAGGGUCUGUCCAUUUCGCUGCUCCUCUAAGUACUCAUAUUGUGUUGUUGUUAUUCUAUGUUGUUUUUCAAAUUUACAUAAAGUAACUUUUACACAAUGCGGAAAUUUAACAUUGACACUGUUUUAUUUGGUAUACAUUCUGUAUAUUUGGGUUCUGAAAAAGAAAAAAAACAGGAUGUUUUGUCUUUGUAAAUAUUUAAAGAUUGAUUUCUGGAAAAAAAAAUUGCUUUAUCAGGAUAGGGAAGAAAGAGUCACAAAUUAUCCACCAAGCAAAUGCAAUGGGUACGUCUUUUAGAGCGUCGUGCACCUUUGUAAUGUAGCUUCGAAAAACCUUUGCACUCUAAAAAAGCAACAGGAAUCGUCACUCACUCCAUGUUACCCCUUGCUUUAACAUUGUCUGUAAUAUAUUGUAUGGGAUGUGGCCGGUCACUUGUUUGAUCAUGGUUGGAAUAUAGGUUGUGCAAGAAGAAUACAUUAGAUUCUCUAUUAUGUAAAUAAGACAUAAGUGCUCCUGAAAUAUACUGUUGUAGCAUUCUGCACACACCUCUUUAAAGCCCAAGUUAAAAAAAAAACACAAAAAACUCGCAUUUACUGGUACUAGAAAACAAUUUAUUCCCUUUCGCUGUGAUAACAUUGUGAUCUCUUGACUCCUCCUCUCUGAGGCCGUAUGGGCUCUGUCCUUCCCGCUUUAUUGCCUUUUCCCCAACAAACCUGCUGUUUCAUCACCAGGUGACAGGUGACUAUUUUGGGUAUUUUUUCCUUUUUCAAAAAACAAAAAACGAAACAAACCAAAAAAAGCUACAUCUGAUUGUUAAAACAGUGACUCCCCUGUUAUGAAUGGAUUUCUUUUUAUUGCCCUUCUUUCUCCAGAUCACAGUGUUUUAUUUUACUUAGCGUGACCUUUGGGGUUGUAGUUUUAUAGCCAUGCAAAGAAAUCUGGCACAGAUAGUACACUGGUGUUUGGGAAGGGGGUCGUACAAGGCGGGGGUGCAGAGACAGUGUCGUACUACAACACAGCAUGUGAGGACCCCCUUUGGGUCCUCAUAACCAUGGCUGAGAAGGUCCUCAGAGGUGGUGCACACUGUCUAUGGGUGAAGUCUUGCGACCCAAUGACCGCUAAAUUCUCAGCUAGUUCCUUGGGUGGGUUUGGAAAUUGGAUUUGAAGUUUCUCAAUGUUUUCUUUGUGAUAGUCUGGAAACCUGCUACACCCCUAUCUGCUCAUGGCCUGAUUUUUCCCCUUCCCAAGUGGGGGUGGGGGUUUUAGUAAGACGGCCAUCCAACAAAGAAAAGAGAAUUAUGCAUACUUGCUGAUACACAGUGCUUUCUAAUGUCUUCUUUUUUCUUUUUUUUUUGUCUGUGUGUGCAUUGAUUCGUGGUGCAUAUGGAGCUGAGCAUCGCUUCAAUUAUUGUCAUUAUUAUUUUUUGCUGUCUGAAUUGUCUGAACUCCACACUCACCUUUUAUGAGGGAGAAAUGUCUGUAUUUUUCUUUUUACAAACAUGUUCUGUUCUUUUAAAAAAAAUGAUGCAAUGAUUCUACUGGCACACUGGCACACAUGAGAAUUUAGCAAAUGGAAACUUGUGUGGGGGUUAAUUUUUUUUUUUUUUUUUCAAUGAUUCGUCACUUGCUGUUGGCUUUUUUAUGAAUUAUCAUUCUUCUUUUUACUAUGUGUAUCUGAGCAGCUUGUCAAAGUCUUGCUUCUACACACAAAAUAACAGCUUUUGUAAGGUACACCUAAUCAACAGAAAAAUAGCAUAUUAAUAUAUUCACCGUGUAUGCGUUGCGUGUAUGAUGAGAUGUUGCAACUUCUGCUAGAGACGCCUUCUUUAUAGUAAAGCUAUCUC